AUGAAAAUAAAAAAUUACAAACUCGGAUCUGGUUUAAUAAGUUAUACAGAAAACCCAAUUCAAAAUAAAUACAUUGAUAAUUUAAACGAAUUGUUAAAAAGAUUAUAUUUUAUUGCUGCAAAAGAAGGAUCUGGUCAUAAUAAUUUCCAUAAUGAAAAAUUAAGUAUUUUAAAUUUUGUAAGUAAAGAAAUGGAAAAAUUAGUUGAUACACCCCAUGGUAUAGAAUAUCUAAUUUCUUUAAUUUCAAGUUUACCAAAGAAAGUGAUUACUGGAUCUGGACUU